AUGCCACCCCGCCGCGCAGCAGCCACAAAGGCGAGCGCGACGCUCAAGCGCGAGCGGUCGUCGAGCCUGUCUGACGCCGAGUCGGCCUCGCCUCCACCCAAGGCGGCCGCGAAGCGGUCCACGACCAAGGCGGCCACCAAGGCCACUCCCAAGUCCAAGGCCACCAAGUCCAAGGACGAAGACGAGGACGACGCCCCGGCCAAGAAGAAGCGCGCGCCAGCCAAGGCCAAGUGGCCGCCGCCCGGCCUCGAGCUCGAGUCGCACCCCCCGCGCGCAGGAUACCCCGUCUACCAGUUCCCCACGCGCCCAUCGGUCCCGAACGGCGGACUGCGCCCCGAGACGGCAUACGAGCUGCCUCUCAUGGUCGGCGCACACACUUCCAUUGCCGGCGGCGUCGCUGGCGCCUUGCUGCGCGCGAACAAGGCCGGCGCGAACGGUGUCGCGCUGUUUAUGAAGGGCGCGCGGCAGUGGAAGGCGAAGGACUUUGAGCCCGAGAUUGUGGAGCGGUUCUUGGAGAAUGUCAAGCCGAAGGACGAGGGAGGCAUGGGAUACGGCCCCGAGACCAUCCUCGUGCACGGCAACUAUCUCAUCAACCUGGGGAACCCCGACAAGGCCAAGUGGGAGAACGCGUACGAGUGCUUCCGUGACGACAUUGCGCGCUGCCACCAACUCGGCAUCAAGCUGUACAACUGGCACCCUGGGAGCACCGUUGGCCAGUGCACAAAGGAGGAGAGCUACGCGCUCGUCGCGAAGGCUAUCAACCGCGUGCACAAGGACGUGCCCGAGGUCAUCACCGUCAUCGAGAACAUGGCUAACGCCGGCUCCAACAUCCUCGGCACGACAUUCCACGACCUCGCGUCAAUGAUUGCCCUCGUGGACGACAAGUCGCGCGUCCGCGUGUGUCUCGACACGUGCCACCUCUUCGCGGCGGGCUACGACCUGCGCACGCCCGAAGCGUAUGCCGAGACGAUGCAAAAGUUCGCCGACGAGGUGGGUAACCACUACCUCGGCGGCGUGCACCUCAACGACUCGAAAGAGGUGCUCGGCGGCAACCGCGACCUGCACGAGAACAUUGGUCUCGGCGAGAUCGGGCUCGGCGGCUUCCGCGCGCUCAUGCGCGACCCCCUCAUGGCGGGCAUCCCGCUCAUCCUUGAGACGCCUAGCGGACCCGGCGGCGGCGGCGAGACGGGUGACCUGAGCGUGUGGACCAAGGAGAUUGCGCUCCUGUAUGAGAUUCAGGGCGUGCCGGAUGAUGAGUGGGCUAAGAAGAGCGUCGAGAUUGCGAAGCGCUGGAGAAAGGAGAGAGAUACGUUGAACCCACCCAAGGAUAAGAAGGGUCCCAAGAAGGGCAAGAAAAAGGCGGAUAGCGACGAGGAUGACGACUAG